CAUCAUCCGCAUCAGCGUUAGCGUCAGGUAGAUUUACACGCCAUAAUAAUAAAUGCUUCCAUUAACGUUUGGGGCUGCUGAGCUUCGAUCGCCACAACUCGAGACAAUUUCCCCAACUUAGUUUACCAACGGCUUUCUGGCGUUCAGCAUCAGCAUGGCUAUGGCGUUAAGUAUUCAAACAGAAAACUGAUAGUUGCCGCGUGAUAGUGAGUGAAACGUCUCUGGCUCAGGUCUGAAUCCGAACGAAUUUGUAGUACCUAGUUUUUGUUGUUGAUUUUACUGCCAGCAGGUGGCAGUUGUAAUUUUUGUUGUUGCCAUCAGAAUCCAUAUAACGUUUUUGUUCGUUGUUCUCUCGGCUGCGUGACGUCCGAUUCCGUGGCUUGUCGUCGUCGUCGUGUCGCAGAAAAUGUAGAUACCCACUCUGAUUGUGUCUCAGAGCAAAACAAACCAAAACCGGACUUCAAAAAUUCACGAAUAUUAUACCUAUAGAUUCCUACGUGCAUCCAGCUGACCAUAGUUCAUAGUUAUUGGAGCUUUGCUUGGAGCUUUUUCUCGGCAGACUUAUUUUUUUUUUUUGAAUUUGCUGCCAUUCGCGCCGGUUUGUUGUGAUAACCACAAGUUUAAAUUAGUUUCUUUCCUGUUUCCUGUUGUGUAUUUGUUUGUUUCUUUGUUUUUCGUACUUAAUUUUAAUUGUUGAGAAUAUUGUGAUGCGCUAUGGAAUCAAAAAAAACUAACUAACACUCAUCGAUUAAUUAUUAAGAAAGUGAUACAAACAUUUGAGGAUAUUGUUUAAAGUUUAUUAUUUUUUUAAUUUUUUUAAAGUUGUUUUAUUUGGUUGCUUUCGGAUAGUAUUUUUUAAUUUGUUGACAAAAUGAAGAUCAUUCGCAUGCUUCUGUUUAGUGGUCUAUUUUUGAUCUGGAUCAAUGGAGCCAACAGUGGUAGGGAUUUGAGACGAAAAAACGAAAAUCAAUUCGACCAAUCAGAAAUCGAACGUCAAAAUAAAAUAACCAAACAAAUAUUUGCAAAUUAUCUUGAGAGACACUUUUUCCCAUAUAGAAGAACAAAUCAAAGAAUUCCUACAAUCGAUGAAAUUCUUCCAAGAAAUCUUUUAAAUAAAAAUCCAACAUCUGGACGUACAUCUCACAGCCGGGCUAAUCGAAGACAAAUACCCGCUUUAAGUCCGGCUGAAUUUAAUGAAGACGAUUCAAGUCAAGAUGGUGGUGGUGAAGUUGUAGACGAAGCCGAAAAGGAUGAUGUGGCAGAAGUCAGCGAUUCGAGAGAAGCUGAUGAUGAAUCAUUACAAAGUGUUGAAUCAGAACAAUUCGAUCAAUAUUACAGGGAUCUACUUGAUCGCGAUCCAAGUGAAAACGAAAUAGAUAGCGAUUGUCCGAACUGUGUAGACGAAGCACAGUAUUCGAACAAAUGGACGAUGCCGUUACUGAAACUGGGCGAAAAGCGAUACUACCUGGGGAUCUUCUUCAAGGCAAACUGGUUUAAGGCGACACAGUAUUGCAGAUACCAUGGCAUGCACUUAGCAAGUAUUGCUUCACAGGAUGAGAACAAUAGACUGGAAAAAUACAUUAGUGAUUUUGGUCUGGGACACGAGCACUUUUGGACUUCUGGCACCGAUUUAGCCGAUGAGGGUAAUUUCUUUUGGAUGGCUAAUGGACGGCCAAUAACCUUCACAAAUUGGAAUGCGGGCGAACCCAACAAUUUCCGCUAUGAAAAUGGAGAAGAAGAAAAUUGCAUGGAACUUUGGAAUCGAGAUGGAAAGGGUCUUAAAUGGAACGACUCACCUUGUAGUUUUGAAACCUACUUCGUAUGUGAAGUUCAGUCAAACUAAACGCUCAAAAUAAAAUUAAAAAACUUUUAAUACAAAACUAUCCCGACAUAAUACAAAAACACGCACCUACGCACAGUGUUUGUUCUCACUUUAUGCAUUUUUUGUCAAUGCGUAUUUUAAUGUUAGUUUAUAUUGAUUUUUUUAUUUUUGCGUUUCCAUGUAUAUUAAGUUAAAUUAGGUAGACUUAUAAAUAUGUAUGUUAUUAAAUCUAGUAGGAGUUUUCAAAUUAAAUUUUAUUGUGUAGAAAGUGAUAAACAAAAUUAAGUAGAAGAACAUUUAAUUUUGUGUACUUAUAUAAAUAGGCCAGCAGCAGCGUCAAAUUGGGAUAGUUUUGGGAUUUCAUUUAAUGUCCCUUUGUUUCUUUAAUCGAAAUGGGAAAGUACUGCCGUAAUUUGUAUAAUAUUUAAGUAUUGAGUUUAUGAAUACUAUUAAAUAAAUGUGUACGUAAAACUAAGAAAUAAAAUAUUUAUAUUUACAGA